CGCUCCCCUCUUUCUCUCAAUUCCGUCUCUCUUGUUAAUGUUCUCUCUCUUUCUCUCACUGUAUACUCUUUCUGGCUCACAUGCUCCCUCUCUCUCUCUCCCUCUCUCUCUCUCCCUCCAUGUCUCUGUCGCUAAGGCAACCAAUGCUUUUUCUCACUCUGACACACUCGGGCUCUCUCCCACUCCCUCCAUCAGCAGCGAGAGCAGCGUCGUUCCCCCCUACAGCCAUCUGUUUACGAUCUUUCAGUAAGUGUCAGGAGCCAAGCGCUCCCUCCUCUCAUCCUCUCCCUCUUUCAAGGGAUGAUCGGAGGAGCGAAGGACCAGUGAAAAGAGGAGCGAUGGAGCGAUGCUCCAUCUCGGGACCCACUGCUCUCUUGCGCCUCCUGCUGGUCGCCGCCGCCGCCGUCGUAGCCUGCCCCCCUCCCUGCCGCGCGGCCGACGACCCCGCCGACAUGCAGCUUCCUGUCACGCCCCAGGCCACGCCCACGCCUCUCUGGGCGGUCGACUGGGGUCCCACGCAGCCGCUGGAGGACGAGACGCAUCACUUCCUUUCGAGCCAGGAAUCCGAGGGCGGGAAGCAGGCCACGCCCGAGGUGGACGCGUGGUCGCGUCGCAGGAACGCCCAAAGCAACCAAACCCAACAGCAGCCGCUGUCCAUCGACGCCAAGGACUCGGGCAAGGAGCAGGAACGGGACGCGGAGGAAAGAGAGAUUGAAGAAGUGGAUCCUCAGUUUUAUGUGACCGUGACUAUCUCAUCUCUCCUGAUUCUCUCUGCACUCAUCAUUUCAGCCAAACUCUGUUAUGACCGCAGCCUGUCUCAGCGUCCUCCCCCUCUCUCCCUCGCCCUCCCUCGUUCCCUGGCCCAAGAGGAUAGCAGACACACACUUCAGAGCACCCCUUCGUUCCCAGACAGAGAAAGACUUCCCGUGGUCAAUCUUUGAAGAGCUGACUGUACCAGGCUUGCUAAUCACAUCCUCUGGGCAUGGAAUGUGAAAAAAAAAAUAUAUAUAUAUAUAUAUAAAUGAAAAAAAUGGGUAAAUAUGAGAACAAGCACAGAACAUGUGAAGCUGCUUGAAGACGGAUACAUGAAAGAGAAUGUGCGUGGAUGGAUAAGGCUCGGAGGAUUGGGGCUGUGUGUGUGAGGGUACGGAUGUGAUGUACAGACGUAGAACGGAGGCCGUGCAUUCUUUCAAGCUGGAGGUUGUUGAUUUUUUUUUUUUCUUUCUUUGGAUAUGGGGACGUUUCUUUUUUUUCCCGUUUAUACUGUAUAGCGUUCCAUUUCUGUACUUAUUGCAGCCAUUCCUGAGAGCUUAAUGAAUACUACCUGCUUGCCGAGCUGUAACGUCGUCUUUGUUAUUGGUUUACGAUCUGGUUUAUUACUCUAGUCCUGUUCGGUGAUCGCUCUCUCUCUCUCUCUUUCUCUCGCACAAUAACUGUCGUUGUAUUUUCUGACGCCCUGUGUAGCAUUUAUUAAGGUUCGAAGAAUGACUGCAAUUUUAUUUAUUUAUUUUUUUCAAGCCAAGUGUGUUAAAUGUAGCCUAUUUCCCAUGGCUCUGUAUUUUGACUGUUCUGUUUUAUAUAGCUCUGACCCUUGGCAACAGCGACGCGCCGAUGUUUACAAUCAUAAAGCCCAUCCAUCCGGCUCACGCUAGAAACGCAUCGACACAAGACACACGUAUGAUGUGUCCCUCAUUAAUGUUUACAGAAUUGUAGAUGCACAUUUGGUGAAUGUAUGAUUAUUAUGAUGAUUAUAUACAAUGGCAGACAACAGUGUCGUCCUGAGAGAAACAGAAUGGAGUCUUAGGAUGGAGUGUUGAGAUUCAGGACAGAACUUGUGCGAAGUUGAAGUGUGUGAAGGUUUACAAAUCUUAUCUAUAUAGAGCUGCUCUUAGGAAGGGAUUCGGAUUUUUAAAAGCCAUGGAUCGACUUUGGAAAUGUCGUGAUUUAAAUGCCGAUCCACACAGUGUGCCCGAAAUGCCACGACGUAGAGGUGUAACUGUGGACGUCUGUGACACAAAUCGAAUUGAUCAGCAUGAAUGCGUAAUUGCAUGCCGUUAUAUACAGACACACACUCAGCCACAGCCAUUACAACACCAGCUAUCACCCGACUCUAUCCUUUAUCUCUCGUCACAAUGAACAAGACAAGGAAAUUAUGUUUUUUUUGUUUUUUUUUUGGGUGAGACCUUUCCGACUGCAAGACAAAUGACCAACGUUGAAUAUUCACGCAGCUCAAUAAGAGAUCAUUUGGGCAGCUAAGUCAGGCAUUAUCAUACCGACAACUCAAAAGACCUCAAAUAUUUGCUGCAGCAACAGAGAUGAAGGGUGUCAAAGGGCUGAAAGUGUUGCAGAAGACAAUGGUUACGAGACGAAAUCUAUUCCCAGACCUGCCAACAUCAGUAUAAAAAAAAAAGAAGAAAAAAACGUAAGUACGUCUUCUAUGUAACUCUUUCACAAAUCACUUGCCUUUUGUCACUAAUAGAAACCGUGAAAUGGUUCCACAUGGCUGACAUUUUCCCUCUUAAUCUGCUGCUCGAACUGUUUAAACAAGUCUGAGCACAGGCUGAUGCAGGAGCGCAGAGCAAACAGCCUUUUUAAUAUCUGGAUUACUACUAGUAGCAUUAUUUGUAGAGAGUUACAGUACAGCUGAAUCUUCUUUGAA